AUCGUCGUAGGAAGAUACGCCAAUUCGCUCUGAUGCAUGCUAUGCUGAGUGAUACGGUUAGCUGUUCAACAGUUGCUUCUCCAAACAGAUCACCUUUGCCAUGGGUUGUGCAUUCAUGUUUAUCUUAUUCGCCGUUUUUGGACUGAUUCAUGCGUAUGCCGCUGUUACGGCGAAUCCGGAUACGUUCAAAGUAGCCAUGGGCAAUGUGCUCUUCUCUGGAUUCUUUCAAUCGUUCCUGUUUCAGCUACUCGUUUACAGCAAUCGGUUGAACUAUGAGUGCAAACGAUGCAGCGUUAUAAUCCAGAAAGUAGUUAGUUACGGACAAUAUGACAGAACGAUUCUGAAGGAAUGCAGGCAUUUUUCCCUCCAGUUGAUGCAUCAUGCCCCAAGUGUUUCAUGUGGAAUGUUUGACUUCGACUGGGAGCUCUGUUAUACGAUGGCCGGCUCCAUAACUACGUAUCUGGUGAUUCUACUUCAGUUUGAUUUCGCCAACUUAAAGAUGCAGGUCGAAACUAUCUAAGGGAUGCAUCAGUAUAGUUGCCAGU